UGAUUCUCAGUAGUUUCAGUUUUUCUGGGCUGAAUCUUGGUGUUUUGGAGGUUUUUAUGGACACAGGAUGCCCGAUGAGUUCUAGAGAUGGACUUGGGCAGGAGGAACCCCCAAGCCAACACACUCAGCCCUUGUUUUCCCCCCCAUCAGGAUUUGUCCUUCCCAAAGCUUGGGCGGAUGGAGGAGGAGGCUGCGAGGAAGAGGAAGAUGCCUUGGGCCCCCCAGGCAGGCCCCGAGCUGAGGACGGAGAGCCCGGAGGACAAAUCCCCCCGGCAGACCCUGGUGGGAGAGGCCGUUUUGAAGGGUUCCCCGGCGCAGGAAGGCAGCGGGGAGGAAAAGGGCCGGAGAUCCCCCCGCAGGAGGGGCUCCAAAGCCAGCCCAGGGGGCUCUGAGGAGGAAAGAGCCAGCCUGUGCCGGGAAGGCGGCCGGAACUUGAGGGGGAGCUCUGAGCUGGUGGUGCCUGAGCAGCCUCCCAGCAGGGAGAAGCCCUUCAGGUGCUUGGAAUGUGGGAAGAGGUUCAGGAAGAGCUUCAGCCUCAUCCGACACCAGCACAUGCACACUGGGGCACGUCCCUACACGUGUGGGCAAUGUGGGAAGAGCUUCAGCCAGAGCUCCAACCUCUGCACCCACCAGCUCACCCACACCGGAGAACGACCCUACAAAUGUGGGGAAUGUGGGAAGUGCUUCAGCCAUAGCUCAACCCUCCGCAAACACCAUCGUAUCCACACUGGGGAACGGCCCUACAAGUGCUUGGAUUGUGGGAAGAGGUUUCGGACCAGAGAGAAUCUCCUCAGGCAUGAGCAGACACACACGGAUGAGAGGCCCUUCCGCUGCACCGACUGCGGGAAGAGCUUCAAGCGGAACACCCACCUCGUCAGGCACCGGCGCAUCCACACCGGGGAGUGUGGGAAGAGCUUCACCCAGAGCUUUAACUUGACCUCACACCAACGGACCCACCGGUAAGGGAAGCCCUCGAGUGCCCCGACUGCAGGAAGAGCUUCGACCGCUGCUUCCACCCUGAAUGAACCCCCUGAUGGGGAGGCAACCCCUGGAGUCCAGUGACUGUCAGUCCAUCCCUUUUGACCAGAAAGGGCCAGUCCCCUUUCCCAGGGGCAGGUUCUUCCAACAGAACCCUUCCAGGGGGGUGUGUGGAGAUUCCUGCCUUGGCUGGGGACCCCCCAAGGUCACUGCUGGAGGUUGAGAGCAGAGAUCUCCCCACGAGCGUUGGUCUGGGGAGUUCCAUCCAUCUCUAAUUAAGAAUUAUUGCUGUUGUGCCAGCUUGAGUAGAAUUGCUUCAACAAUUGCUUUAGUGUAGAGCACUGUCCUCUCUUCUCCUGUACUCCUGGUAGUUUUAGUGUUUCUAUUGUGCAGUAAAUAAUUGUGAUGAA